CAUGAUCUUACCGGCAUCCAAUUGCCAAUGCGACUGGUCUCCGCUGAUCUCGAUGGGUUGUUGGUCCCCGAUGCGACGAGGCUCUUCUCAAGGCUAGCACAAUGCUAUCCUCGGCCUUGUAUGACCCCACAGCUGUUGUCAUAGACGGUCCUCGCAGUCGCGCGUCUUCAUGCUCAAGCACCGUCGAUCCUACCACUGUCAAAGCAGACGAGAAGCCACUUAUUCUCGACCAAUCGGCGCUCUCAAAAAGGAUUCACAUUGACGACUGCCCUAUCCUCAGAGCCUUCUCCCUUGCUGUCAGGGCAGGACAACAUCUCAACCGCCAGCUCCUGUUUGAUAUCAAUUGCGAACAGCAGAAACACUGGAGAGAUCCUAGGGUCCAGAGACAAGGAGAAUGGUUCAAAAGUGCCCAGCUGACUGUCCCACCAACCUAUUACAGUACCCUUUCCCCUAUUGGGACCUACAUCCUCGACCAAGGCAGGCCGGCCCAGACAAGCCACGACGUACAUGACGCCGAUUUCCUCGUUGGCAACUGCAAAGAUUUAGAGCGUUGGCUUCUUAAUGGUACCGGUGACAAGCUUUUUCUCCUACGAGACUCAGAAUGGCUUCACACCAGACCCGUCACCAGUGGGUCCACCAUGCUGCAAGAGCUCCAGGCAAACGGCCAAAAAGAACUCCAUAUCGAGGUUCAACAGCUGGAGAAGAUAUUCCAACCAAACAAGAAUUCAGUCGAAGCGUUUCCAAUUCAUGAAGUCAUCAAGAGCUGGUCAAUCAGAGAUCAAUCGAAGCCGCCACUCAACCUCCUUAGUCUGAAAUGUAUCGAUGAUGGGACGGUGCCGUGGCCAUUGGCAAAGCACUGCAAUCUCCUAAACCAAGCGGCGGCCUUCUCGGCUUCGACGGCGCACUCAGCUUUCUAUGCAACGGCCGGGAAGCAGUCAAUGGAGGUACUCAGCAAAGCCGUCGAUUUACAAUCAUGCAUGCAUUUCCAGAUCUUUGGACAGGCCGGCGCAAUCUCCUCCUGGCACAUGGAUGCCAUAGGCCCCUACACCUACAUUACGUUGGAGCCGAAUGUGGUGGGUCAACCAGCUGAUCACGUAUUGAAGCUAUGGGCUUACGUGCGGACGGACAACCUCACAGAAGAAGAGAGGGACAAGGUCAGAGCCGACUUCAAGCGGCAUGGCGAGGGCUUCCGGCCGAAUCCGCAGCACCUCCGAGUCAUAUCCCUAGUCGCGGGGGACACGUUGAUCAUGCCUCCCGGCACCAUUCACGCCCCGAUUACCAUAACGGAUUGCCUGUUCCGCGGCGGAAUGGUGAUGCAGAAAAAGGAGAUGCGACGCAGCAUACGCGCCUGGCGCUACUGCUCGGAGAACGGCCACUGCACCAACGAAGAUCAACCGCGGCAGACCCGCAGCAUCCUUGAUUUCUUCCGCAUGCAAGUCAAAGCCGACCCGGUCGCAUGCGGCUACAUUGGCAAAGAUGCCGCGGCGGAGUUCGACGAGGACUGGAGGAAGAUCGCGGGCGAGUCGCUGGUGUGCCGCUGCAAAGGUAGCUGCUACAAGAGGAGGUGCGGAUGCUUCAAUAGCACCCAGCGCUGUGGUAGUAAGUGCCAUGGAGGUACGGCGAAGUGUGAUAAUCCGCAUGGAUGCGAGGCAGGUGUCUUAUGACAUUUUCGGGGACAGUGUCAAUGUAUUGAACUGAGUCUUGUACAUAUUACGAUGACGGGAAUGACCACACGGUUCUUGGUUGCUUUAUGGGAAGGAGUAAGGAUAAAAUUCGAACCCGGUGGAUCUCAGGGUCCUGUUAAUAAUGCGGACUGCUUUGAGUAUUCAGACGAUAUACUUGUGAUAGGUUCGAGAUGGG